AAAAACUUGAACAAGAUCGUUACUACUGCUGGAAUCAAACCGAAAUUAUUAAGCAACUGUUAAAUUACAAUCAGACAAGCAGGCAUUAAACAGUGCCUCUGUGAGUCAGCAUGACGGGCUAUCUAUUGCGACAAUCUACACCACUUCUCUUCCGUAUGCAAGCGACCGUAAGCACUUUAGAACGUCUUUGGGGAAAGAGGACCAUGUGCUCGGGGAUAACCGCGAUGGCAGUGGCUCGACGCUGCCUGUCAACCGCACUCUGUAGACACCGGAGGCACACGGAGAGCUCGAGAGUCUCUGAAGCCGGGAGGGAGCGCCUGUGCUCGGCUGCCAGAGCCCACAACGUACCGCUAGCAAAAGUGAGGGCUUACUCGUCCGGGACACGGUUGAACGGCGAGCUCCUCUUUAGACAGCUGUUUGAAUCAGAGAGUAGCACCUACACGUACCUGUUAGCGGAUGCCGUCACCAAGGACGCCGUCCUUAUUGACCCUGUACUGGAGACCAUCGAUCGGGACCUCAAGUUAAUCGGCGAACUGGGGCUCCAGCUGAGAGUCGCAGUGAACACUCACUGCCACGCGGAUCACAUCACCAGCACGGGGCUCAUGAAAACGAGGCUAGCUGGCCUGAAAAGCGCGAUCUCUAAAUUAAGCGGCGCAACGGCAGACAUCCUCUUGUCCGAGGGAGACAGGAUCACCUUUGGAAAACAUCAUUUGACAGUGAGAGAAACCCCAGGACACACGGACGGCUGUGUGACACUGGUGAUGAAGGAUCAGUCUAUGGCGUUCACAGGAGAUGCGUUGCUCAUACGAGGCUGCGGCAGGACUGACUUCCAGCAAGGUUGCUCCAAAUUGCUUUACAAUUCCAUUCAUAAGAAGAUCUUCACCCUGCCUGAUAACUGCCUUAUCUACCCGGCACAUGACUAUCAAGGUCAGACAGUGUCGACUGUCGGCGAGGAACGCACAUUAAACCCUCGCUUGACUAAGAGCCUGGAGGAUUUUGUAACCAUCAUGAACAACCUAAAUCUGCCUAAGCCUUCCAAAAUAGAUAUUUCAUUGCCUGCUAAUCUGGUCUGCGGAGUUCAUCAAAUUUGAACACCCAGUAAUGUCAAUGAUUUUUUUGUAUAAAGAGUCAUAUGCUACCAGUUAUUAUAUUGUAAAUUUGGCCAAAUGAAAAACAUGUGCUAUGUAUUUACACAUUUCCUGCACUUCAGAUGAACAAUCUUUACUCGAUGAUAGUUCCAAACUGAAUUUCUUGCUUUUUACAUUCACUUCAAACUGCACCAUUUACAAUGUGAAUUACUAAGGGCCAUUCCUGUUGUAUAGGUUGAAAACAUUGACUAAGCUGUGAGUGAAGUCUCUCAACAACUCCCUUGCCCUGCCUGUAAGACAGGUUUUAAGACUGUAAGACAGCCCCUGACAUACGACAAUGACACAGAAACAUCCAUUAUAUACUGUGGUAUAAAAAAGUAUCUGAACCUUUUGGAAUUUCUCACAUUUCUGCAUGAAAUCACCAUCAAAUGUGAUCCGAUCUUUGUCAAAAUCACACAAAUGAAAAAACUGCCUGCUUUAACUAAAACUACCCAAACAUUUAUAGGUUUUCACAUUUUAAUGAGGAUAGUAUGCAAACAAUGACAUAAGGUGGAAAAAUAAGUAAGUGAACCAUCACAUUUACUAUUUUGUGGCCCCCCCUUUGGCAGGAAUAACUUCAAACAGAUGCUUCCUGUAGCUGCAGAUCAGUCAGGCACAUUGAUCAGGACUAAUCUUGGCCCAUUCUUCUCUACAAAAAUGCUGUAGUUCAGUCAGAUUCCUGGGAUGUCUGGCAUUAAUCACUGUCUUUAGGUCAUGCCACAGCAUCUCAAUGGGGUUCAAGUCUGGACUUUGACUUGGCCACUCCAGAACGUGUAUUUUGUUCUUCUGAAACCAUUCUGAAGUUGAUUUACUUCUGUGUUUUUGAUCAUUGUCUUGUUGCAGCAUCCAUCCUCUUUUUAGCUUCAACUGUCUGAUAGACGUCCUCAGGUUUUCCUGCAAAACAUCCUGGUAAACUUUUGAAAUCAUUCUUCCAUUAAUGAUUGCAAGUUGUCCAGGCCCUGAGGUAGCAAAACAGCCCCAAAACAUGCUCCCUCCACCAUGCUUCACUGUGGGGAUGAAGUGUUGAUGUUGGUGAGCUGUUGCAUUUUUCCUCCACACAUUACACAUGUGUGUUAAUCCCAAACAAUUCAACUUUGGUUUCAUCAGUCCACAAAAUAUUUUGCCAAAACUUCUGCGGGCUUUUUCCAAACAUUAAACGAACAACAAUGUUUUUUUAGACAUGAAGAGCGUUUGGCACUGUUGCUUCUCCCAAGGAGUUUUCUUUGUUGAACAGACACUCCUUGGGAGAAGCAACAGUGCCAAACGCUCUUCAUUUGCAGACAACUCUGACUGUCGAUUGAUGAACAACCACGACUUUUACAGAUGAUUUUGUAUCCUGUCCCAGCUUUAUACAAAUCAACAAUCCUUGAUCGCAUGUGUUUAGACAGCUCUUUUGACUGAGCCAUGAUGCACAUCAGACAAUGCUUCUCAUUAAGACACUUCUUACCAGGUGUGUGUUUUAUAGUGGGCAGGGCAGCUUUAAACCACUCAUCAGUGAUUGGCAGUGUUGGGAGUAAAGCCGUUAUAAAUAACGCAGUUACGUAACGGCGUUAUUUUUUCAGUAAUUGGGUAAUCUAACUAAUUACUUUUUCCGCCGUUAUAACGCCGUUACCGUUACUGACUGUCAAAAGCGGUGUGUUACUUACUCUGAAUAAAUUGAAGAAACUACCAGCCGUGUCGAGUCGACUCUGCUCUGCUGAUUUGUCAUCCAAGACUUGGGGUGCGUUCAGGUUCCAGAAUAGUGCACAUACUUCUGACUCCAAGCUGUUUGUCCCUGCUCAUUCAAUUAGACAAUGCUUUCCAAAGUUUGGUAACGUUUCUGUGUUUGCUCCACCUCAUGCUAGCCUCGUUCCCAUCUCCCAUUGUCAGCCAGCAAUAAUUCUGCUUCCAUCUUGAGGACGGCAGACGCUUUGAAGGUGACGUGAAUUGUCGGGAACGAGCCUACCUGAAUGCAGCCCCUUGAGAGAUGCGAUGGAAGUGAUUGUGAUUGGCUGAGGGUUAGAGUCAUGUGUCGUAGUAAGCCAAUCAGAGCCGGUGAUUUCACAAGCAAACCGGAACAGCGCGUGCGGCAAACACACACACGCAAAACAGAUGCACAGGGUCGGGAUGGCAGAGCAUUCAGUAGAAAAAUUGUCCUUUAAGAGGUGGAGCUAUAGACACUAUUUCAAGUUUGUCGAAAUUAAAGGAAAAAAACCUGCAUGUAAUGUGUAAUUUAUGUCCCGGGGCAAAGCUUUUGUCGACAUCUGUGGUAAGCAAUUCAAAUCUGCUGAAGCACCUAACAAGUUAACUACCUGUCUGUUCUUCUCUAUUCCACUGACUCGAAUACUGCUCCGAAAAUGUCAAAUUCUUUGACAUACAACAAGUACUUUUUAAAGUAACGGAAAUAGUUACUUUCCCUGGUAACUAGUUACUUUUACUGUAGAGUAAUUCAGUGACUAACUCAGUUACUUUUUGGAAGUAGUGAGGAAUGUAACUAAUUACUUUUUUAAAAUAACGUGCCCAACACUGGUGAUUGGGCACACACCUGACUUAAAUUGUUUGGUAAAAAUUGGUUUCAAUUGCUCUUUAAGUCUCCUUAAGCAGAGGGUUCACUUACUUAUUUUUCCCCCUUCUGUCAUUGUUUGCAUGCUAUCCUCAUUAAAAUAUGAAAACCUAUAAAUGUUAGGGUGGUUUUAGUUAAAGCAGACACUGUUUUUACAUCUGUGUGAUUUUGACAAAGAUCAGAUAACAUUUGAAUAGGAUUUUAUGCAGAAAUGUGAGAAAUUCCGAAAGGUUCCUUCUUACCACUGUAGGUCAACAUUCAUCGUAAUUACUGGUAUUUCUAAUUCUUCUCAUGUAAGAAAUGGGGUGCUAGCAUUUUAUGUUAGCACUGUACUAAUACAGUAAAAACUCAGGUGUUUUCAAGGUAGUUUCCAUUUGAGCCUUUGUUGUUAUUGCCACACUUCGGCACCUCUUUGUUAUGACAUCAUACAAACACAUCAUUCAUUCCUAAACAUCUGUUCCUUUCAACAGUCGGACAGUUUACUGUACGGUUCAACCCCUUCCUGCCUUUUUUAUUCUAACCCACAACCUGAAGAUAUGAAGAUCUACAACAUGCCAGUCUUGUUUAUUAACCUGGCCAGUUGGCGCCAGCUGUCCUCUCACCCAUCUGCUGAACCUUCUUUCUUUUUUCACACCCACUUAGACUGCCAGCCACUCUCUCACGCCAACCUCCUGUCACUGGAAACAAUCUAUUAUGGCUAUCAGCUCAUUCAGACACAGCUGUAAAAGAGGCCAGCCUGGGUGCUGGUAAAGUCGUCGCAGUCAAGAGAGUAGAUUUUUGCCCUGGCGGCCUCCUGUAGGCUACUUACAGGGUUUCAUUAUUGUUAAAUAAUACUAGCUUGUGGCGUACAGUGAAUGUCUUAAUGCCUGGUGGUAUUUUAAUCUUUACUUGAGUCUGUAAUCACUCUGCAACUGACUGACCUACAGUUUUUGACACUACGUAAUCUACAUUCUUAGUCUUUUUAUUGUGGUCCUUGUUUCAUUGCUUUUAAAUACAUUAAGUCAGAUGUCGUGUAGCUUUAUUGCUAUUACUGAUUGUCACUACGCUUAGCAGUAAGUUUGUGAAUAUGUUUAAAAUUAUAUUGUCUGAAAUAAAGUUUUUUUAUAUUGUU